AUGGGCAGCAUCAUUCAAAAGGGACAAGGUACAGAAUCAUUCAAAAGGGACAAGGGACAGCAUCAUUCAAACAAACGAUGGGCAGCAUCAUUCAAAAGGGACAAGGGACAGCAUCAUUCAAACGAACGAUUGUCAGCAUCAUUCAAAAGAGACAAGGAGAGUAUCAUUCAAAAGGGACAAGGGACAUUAUCAUUCAAACGAACCAUGGGCAGCAUCAUUCACAAGGGACAAGGGACAGCAUCAUUCAAACAACGAUGGGCAGUAUCAUUCAAAAGGGACCAGGGACAGCAUCAUUCAAAAGGGACAAGGGACAGAAUCAUUCAAAAGGUAACAGGGACAGCACUAUUCAUACGAACGAUGGACAGCAUCAUUCAAACGAACGAUGGUCAGCAUCAUUCAAAAGAGACAAGGGAGAGUAUCAUUCAAAAUGGACAAGGGACAGUAUCAUUCAAAAGGGACAAGGGACAGCAUCAUUCAAAUGAACGAUGGGCAGCAUCAUUCAAAAGAGACAAGGGACAGCAUCAGUCAAACGAACGAUGGGCAGCAUCAUUCAAACGAACGAUGGGCAGCAACAUUCAAAAGAGACAAGGUACAGCAUCAUUCAAAAGGGACAAGGGACAGCAUCAUUCAAACGAACGAUGGUCAGAAUCAUUCAAACGAAUGAUAGUCAGCAUGAUUCGUACGAACGAUGGGCAUAUCGUUCAAAAGGACACAAAUGUACAGAAUCAUUCAAAAGGGACAAGGGACAGCAUCAUUCAAACAAACGAUGGGCAGCAUCAUUCAAAAGGGACAAGGGACAGCAUCAUUCAAACGAACGAUUGUCAGCAUCAUUCAAAAGAGACAAGGGAGAGUAUCAUUCAAAAGGGACAAGGGACAUUAUCAUUCAAACGAACCAUGGGCAGCAUCAUUCAAAAGGGACAAGUGACAGCAACAUUCAAAAGGGACAAGGGACAGCAUCAUUCAAACGAACGAUGGGCAGUAUCAUUCAAAAUGGACCAGGGACAGCAUCAUUCAAAAGGGACAAGGGACAGCAUCAUUCAAAAGGUACCAGGGAAAGCACUAUUCAUACGAACGAUGGACAGCAUCAUUCAAACGAACGAUGGGACAAUGGACAGCAUCAUUCAAAAGGGAAAAGGGACAGCAUCAUUCCAACGAACAAUGCGCAGCAUCAUUCAAGGACGGACAAGGUACAGCAUCAUUCAAAAGGGAAAAGGGACAGCAUCAUUCAAACGAACGAUGGGCAGCAUCAUUCAAAAAGGACAAGAGGCAGCGUCAUUCAAACGAACAAUGGGCAGCAUCAUUCAAAAGGGACAAGGGACAGCGUCAUUCAAAAGGGACAAGGGACAGUAUCAUUCAAACGAACAAUGGGCAGCAUCAUUCAAAAGGGAAAAGGGACAGCAUCAUUCAAACGAACGAUGGGCAGCAUCAUUCAAAAGGGACAAGGGACAGCGUCAUUCAAACGAACAAUGGGCAGCAUCAUUCAAAAUGGACAAUGGGCACCAUCAUUCAAAAGGGACAAGGGACAGCAUCAUUCAAACGAACAAUGGGCAGCAUCAUUCAAAAAAGACAAGAAGCAGCAUCAUUCAAAAGGGAUAA